GGGGCGGGGGCGGGGCCUGCGGAGCCCCGCCCCCCGCCUCCCCUCCUCCCGCGGGCUGGGUUUCCAGCCGGAGCGUUUAGGCGGCGCGCGGGCAGGGGGUGCGGGGGGUCGCCAUGUCGCGGCUGCACCGGAGCAGGAUCGCGGACUUCCAGGAGGUGCUGGGCGAACCCACGGUGGCGCUGGCCAAGCUGCGCGACCUCUGCUUCAGCGGAAUCCCUUUUGAUGGUGGGCUGCGCUGCCUGUGCUGGAAGAUACUCUUGAACUACCUCCCUUUAGAGAAAGCCUUAUGGAGCUCUUUGCUGAAGAAGCAGAGGGAUCUGUAUUCUCAGUUCCUGAAGGAAAUGAUUAUCCAGCCUGGGAUUGCCAAAGCCAACCUGGGUGUUUCCAGGGAAGAUGUGACCUUAGAAGAUCAUCCCCUCAAUCCAAAUCCAGACAGCCGAUGGAAUACCUACUUCAAGGAUAAUGAAGUGCUUCUCCAGAUCGACAAAGAUGUCAGGAGGUUGUACCCUGACAUGGCAUUCUUCCAGCGGCCGACAGACUACCCGUGCCUCUUAAUCCUGGACCCUCAAAAUGAGUUUGAGACGCUGCGUAAGCGGGUAGAGCAGACCACACUCAAGUCACAGACAGUGGCGCGAAACCGCAGUGGGGUUACAAAUGUGAGCUCCCCUCUUAAAACACCUCCUAAUUCUCUGAGCGAGUAUGAAGUUCUGCCCAAUGGCUGUGAAGCUCACUGGGAAGUGGUGGAGCGAAUCCUGUUCAUCUAUGCCAAGCUGAACCCUGGGAUAGCGUACGUUCAGGGGAUGAAUGAAAUAGUGGGGCCUCUUUACUACACCUUUGCUACAGAUCCUAACAGCGAGUGGAAAGAGCAUGCUGAAGCAGACACAUUUUUCUGCUUUACCAACCUAAUGGCUGAGAUUCGGGACAACUUCAUUAAGAGCUUGGAUGAUUCUCAGUGUGGCAUUACCUACAAAAUGGAGAAGGUUUAUUCAACCCUGAAGGAGAAAGAUGUGGAGCUGUACUUGAAACUGCAAGAACAGAACAUCAAACCUCAAUUCUUUGCCUUCCGCUGGCUGACGCUGCUCUUGUCCCAAGAGUUCCUGCUGCCAGAUGUCAUCCGUAUCUGGGACUCCCUCUUUGCUGAUGACAAGCGCUUUGAUUUUCUUCUGCUCGUCUGUUGUGCCAUGUUGACACUAAUCCGGGAUCAGUUGCUGGAAGGAGACUUCACUCUGAACAUGAGGCUGCUACAGGAUUAUCCUAUCUCUGAUGUUCACCUAAUUUUGAAGAAGGCAAAGGAACUUCAGGAUUCCAAAUAGUCCAUGAGCCUGACAAAAGUGUUAGAGAAACUGCAUGUCAGUGGAUCCUAGGAGAUGCCCCCGUACAGUGUGGUGCAUUAAUGCUCCUAGAGGUCUCUGCAGGACUUCACGUUUUGUGUUUUGGCAUCUAGCCACCUUGAAGAUUUCCUUCUAUUUAUUAGGUCAAGGAUUGAAUAAUUCCCCGUCUACUUGGGUCUUGCACUCCAUAUUUUUCAAAUCUCAAAUGCCUCCGUACUGCCAAAAGCAGUUCUUUGUAUCUUUUUUUUUAAUGACUUUAAUUCUGGGGAGAAAGAAACCAUCUAUCUGCUUAUCCCCCAAGUCCUGUGGGAUGAAAUUCUUCUGCAUUAUGGAAGUAUGCUCAUGUGGAGUAACCUCUGAUGAGGAGGGGACAGGCUGGAUCCAGUGAAGUUGGUGGAUGAGUAUAAGAGGAUCUUUCUCCUGUAAAUAGAAUGUAUCCCACUGAAGUCAUUCAUCCUGCUGUUCACGUAGCUUCAGGAUUCUUCUCCUUUGUGUGGCACCUGGCCAUCACUGGGAUGUGCAAAAAGGAAUACUGCAUCAGCUUUUGGCGAGUGUCAUCUGACAUCCAGCUGUUUGGACUUCAUCACAUGGGAGAGAGACCUUGAGAAGCUGAGUUGGCUGGACACAGUUACAGCUGGCUGCUUUGUGCACUGAAUUUGCCUGAAUCCAGAGCCGCCUUAUCAAGAAGGUCUCCUUGGAAGAUAGACUAUGGUGGUUUUAAUCAAUGAGGGAAGUGUAGUUUGAUUAAGUUGAGCCUUAUUACGCACAGCCUUAGAGCAGGAGGUUGUUGCUGCAGGGAGGCUGAGACCUCUAGCUGUCUGAUCAGCGGCUGCAAAACUGCUUUCCUAGCUCUGAACUGGAGGAUAUCCAGCUACAAUCAUGAUUCUGAAACACAAGAAAGGGCAUCUAGUUGCAUGCUGUGAAGGCAGCUGUAUUUAGGGGCUUAUCCUGGCAUGACACUGGGGUUUUCUGCCUCGGUGACUUGCAUAAUACUGCCCUGCAUAAGCUGUGGUCACAGUAACCUUGAAACUGUCUAACAGUGCUUCUUGCCAGGAGGAGGUUUUUGCUUUUAGGUCAGACCCGUACCAUGUCUUUUUCUGGUGUAAUCCAGUGGGGAUACAAGCAUUUCAGUCACUAGCUUACUCCUGGAGAUGGUCCACUUCUCUGUGAACCAGUCCUACUGGAGUGACUGUCCUGAAUUUGUCCCUCUUGAAAGGGAAACUGAUACAUUUCAAAUUCAGUCGGUCAGGCUUAGGUGAAUGAGAAACAUUAACCUGCAGGAAUGUCAAACUGAUCAGAAAUCAAAAUCCUCAUAGGGAGGGACUGGAGCACCCAAGUGCUCCAACUGUGCAAAAGCUCUUGAGUGAACACUAAUCCAGCAUGCUUUACUUUUUGCUGUGCUGGCUCAUUUCUGCAUAGCUGUUUGACACUGCACUUUUCUGUAUUUAUGGGUGCUGAUUUGCUAAAGGUCAGUCUUUUACUUUCUAAGAUCUGCUUAUGCUGUUGAUGGCCUAGAAGGGCUCUAGUAAGAGGGGUGUUGCCAGCCUUCAGCUUUUGUACUCGUGUUAUUUCCUUCACCUAAGGCGGGUUCUUUACAGGCUACUGUAAUUUUUACAAGCAUAGGUGUGGAGACCAGAGGACAGGUUGAAACACAUGAUUAUGUUCUUGUUAGCAAUCCUAAGCAUUUUUUCUGACUCUUCAGAAGAUGCUCUAGUGACACAGGUGCAGCCAGGUGCUGCUGCUGUGGUGGAGCAUGAGCAACUGUAAGAUUUAAACAAUCUGUAGCUAAUGCCUAUGGCUAACGGUAUCCCUCUGUGUUGUAAUCCUUUCUAGAGGGUAGAUUUUUCCUCCAAGAAAUAUGGAACUGAUAGAACAGAAGAGCUGUGUGGUGGAGCAUCCUGCCUGCUCUGAACCACUGGAUGGAUGUUCUUCCUGCCUCCUAUGACUGAGCUGUUCUAGCGGGUCUCAUGGUCUCAGCUCUUAGGUACCCUACACUAGAGAGGCCAGUUGUUGGACCUUUUAUGACUAAACAGCCAGCUGGCAGACAUAAAUGUAGAACUGGCAGAUGAAACUCCUAGGCAGAAUUGGACCUCCUACAAAAUGCUUCUGCCUCUGAACUGCUGUAAAUAUUGUUGCUCUCUUACAUUCCAUGCACAAGUCCCAGAAUACCUGGGCUGUCUGGUUCAGGUCCCCCUAGUAAGCGCUGGGUCUUCCUAAGCUGUGUUUUUCACUGCUAACAGGAGCAUCCACAAGGGUUUCUUCUCUGAAUGUCUAGAAGUCUCCUUAAAAUAACCUGAAAAGGCAGCAGGUCAAUCAAGAUUAAAAGAUUGCUUACUGAUGAA